AUAUACACGAAAUGUACACUGGUACAAAUUGACAAAGACAAAAGAGAUCGAAUUUCGUCUACUUUCACUUUGAACACCAAAAGUAAAACUUGGCCUUUUUCUUUUCAUUCUUCAUGUUUAUCAGAGAGGUGAGAGAAACUGACAUUUAAGUAAAAAUAUGUCAUCUGCCAAAGCUGUGCUUGAAAGCCUUGUUUCAGAAAAUGACUACACCAAACUUCAGGACCUCAUUUUCUCCAGGUCAGCAAACAGCCUUGGGAAGUUAAUUGAAGUAGUAGGAGACCUUCCAGACAAAGAAUUUCCUACAAAUAUCAAGAGAAUUACAAAAUUAAUCAAAAUUGCUCCAGAAAAGUGGUUAGAAGACUACUUUUGUGAAAUAUUAAAAUCAUCAAACGUCAAAGAAAAGUUGCAGCAUUUGAUUGGCCGUGCAUGUGUUCCGUGCAUUAAAGAACUUGAACAUAAGCCAUGUGACAAGGAGGACGUGGUAGAUUUACCUGAAAGAGCAGAAUUCGUAUUAGAAUUAGUUUGUUCUUUACUGUCCUUAGAUACUGACGAGGAUAACGUGAAACAUCUGGUUAUAGGAGCUUUACCACAUCUUUUAAUUUUGGUGAUUGAACAUGAGCAGCCCAAUUUGUGGACAUCAAAAUCAUCACUUUCUUUGUCAAAAGAAGUGCUUAGAAAGGUCAAGGACGUACUCUCAGUAAGUGGCAAUGAAGAACUUCUGCAGUACCAGAUUUCACAAAAGCAUCUGUCAUCCAUUUUGGUACACAUUCAAAAACACCUCAGUGAAAAGCUUAAAAGAGACACAUGGAUGUGCUUUCCUUCCCUCAAAAUGGUGUAUAAAUGGUGUGUUUUCAAUACAAGGUUUCCAAACAUGAGUGAAGUCUUCCCAAAAUUCCUUCCUACUGCUCUUCUGUUUACGGAUGAUCAUGUUUUGGAAAACAAGAUCUUAGGUGUCAGCUGUCUCUAUCACAUCAUGCAAAACACGAGCAGGGAAGAACUGCGCUGGUAUGGACAGGCGGAUGUCAUUUACGAGGCUUUGAAACAUCAAAUGUAUACUAGAGAAGCAAAACUAAUUGAUGUUUUGCAUCCUGCAUUACUUUAUAUAUUAUCAGUGGUUGAAAAAGAUCCCCAGUACUGCACCGAUUCGAAGGGACUCAUGCGAGUGCCAAACAAGUAUGAUGAGAUAUUUCACACUAUUCUUGCAGAUGCUUAUGGGGAGCAGAACUUGGCAUUGCGUAUGGCUCUUACUGGAUACUUAACUCAUUUUGUGGAAAAACUGGGCCUUCUUACCCUACGACACACAAACAUUCUCUUCAAAGUGAUUGAAGAAUACUUAGAGAGUUAUGAUGGAAAAAGACAUUCUGCUAAACCACAGAUUUUAAGACUGAUGAAAUCAGUGAUCAUUGCCACAUGGCCACGAAUGUCUCGUUAUGUGGAUUUCAUUUUGAAAGUCUUGGUCAGAUUGCUAAUUGACAUUUCAUCCAAGGAAAUGUAUGACUUUGAACUUGUACAUACUUUAGAGGAACUGAGUACCCAGUGCUUAAUACUUAUCAAACAUGUCAAUUUGGAGUAUGUUGAAAAAAACUUGCAGAAUAUCAUCAAGCUUGACAUACCACAGAGCUGUAGAUGUAUUUUAUCUGAUGCUUUACAAUUAAGUAUGUAGUCAUUUAAUAUACCAGUAAGUCAAGAAUUGUAUUGUUCAUAUUCCUGGAUAUUAUAGAAUUGAAUAAAUUUAAUUUAAAUUGAA